CAGCGCAAGAAGAGCGGGCAGCGGAGUCCGUGGAAGCAGAGUCCUGGGCUUUGGCUAAGUGGGCUUCGGCAUAAGGGGACUUCGGCAAGCCUGUGUGAUUGCUCGCUGAGGGGAAGAAGUGAGCAAUGGCUGGCAUUCACUACAACUCAGGGCUGGUGGCAGCUGAUCUCCGUGAAGGUGAGAAGAGUCUCCAAUCAGCAGUCAAGAGCAAAUCAAAGCAGUUCGCCAAUGUACUCCUUUGGAUUGUGAUAAUGGGUGAAUCUGCGACGGGAAAAUCAACACUUAUCAAUGCUCUGCUUGGGUUGGAGGAAAAUGAUGAAGGGACCACCUCAGUCAUCUGUACAGAGAAUGCUACUGGAAUAACAUCUUACCCCCAUCCUACCCUCCCUAACGUCCAGUACUAUGACUUCCCUGGGCUGAACACGCCCUGGUUCCCAUUGCGAAAGUUAAUGAAGGAGACGAAGUUUACCCAGUAUGAUUUGUUCAUCAUUGUGACCGAUGGUCGGUUUGCGGAGAGUGACCAGUUACUAGCCAAGCUGCUGAAGAAGGCGGGUAAACAAUUCUAUCUGGUGCGGUCCAAGAUCGACGACACUGUCAGGUCGGAGAGCCGGAAGAAGAGUUACAACCAGGAAGAGAUGCUCCAGAGUGUGAGGAAAGAGUACAUUUCCUCACUACAGGCAUCAGAAGUACAGAAUCCCCAAGUUUUCCUCUGUUCCGCAUUUAAUCCAGAUUGGUAUGAUUUUCCUGCAUUAAGGGAAACCGUGGUGUCCAAUCUAUCAGAAGCACAGAAGAGUGUGUACCUGGCGGCACUCCCCUACACAUCCGAUGUGGCUUUACAGAGAAAACGUAAUGUUCUACAGCAUUACAUGCUGAUUCUGUCCGUCAUGUCAGGGGUUACCGGUGCAGUUAACAUGCUGUUAUGUCCACUUCCCUGUGACCUGGUUAUCAUUGCCUUGGGUAUCCAAUUCUGUCGGAGGUAUAUGGGUCUGGACAAUAGGUCCCUCGGCAAACUGGCCCAGAGGGUAGGGACAAGUGUGCCGGAGCUGCUGAAUGACACAGAGCACAAAUUCCUGUUGGGGGAUACCACUAUUGAGGAUCUAAUGCUGAUAAUGCCAUUGGCACUGGUACCUUCCGGGGCCAAAUGGUGUUUGGGGGCCAACUGGCUCUUUGGGCCCAUUCUCGGUUCCAUUGUGUGUGGCACACUGUCCUUUGGCCUGACGCUACUGAUGCUGAAAAAAUCACUGGAUGUAAUGGUUGCGUCAGCUGAAACAAUCAUGCAAAAUGCAGAGGCAGCAGCUUCUGCAGUUCCGAGUAAAGGCGAAAGUUACUAACGGCUAUUGCCAGGGUGUCCCCUCCUACAGUAACCACAUGGGGCAAUAGCGUUAAACACUUGUGCAAGGAAAACCCCCCAUACUGCUUUUGCC